AUGCUGCAAUCCAAGGACGUCAGGAUCAGCCGAGUCAUCCGCGGUAUGAGACUAGGAGACUCAGGAACUAAGGAACGGGGCCGUAGUCGCGAUCUUGUCCCGAUUGCGGAGCCCAAACAAACAAGCCCCGGGCAACGCCGUCAUACGCUUGCCGCUUCGGGACAGGGCUUAGGGCUUGCUCCACGUGGAAUGAAUCAAAUACUCUGGCAGACUUGGGUCAACAUGACACGCAAUACUUGA